AGUGUUAUAAGCGUUUCCGUGUUCCAUACCUACUCUCUCGUAUUGCGUACGUGACACGACGUAUUAGUUGUUCGGCAGACUUCGAUUAUUCUUCAGUCCAUAGGUCUGAUUACCUUCACUAUAUUUCAACACAAAAGAUACUUUGAACUACGAAUUACUUCCGCGUUAAUAUGGCCCAAAUUCGGUGUUGCUAUCCUCUUCGUUUUCUUGCUUCGCCUUGCGCUGGGCUCAGAACAAGCCGGCCCAUGUCAACGUGAAUGUAUCGAGGGUGAGAUGGCUCAGCGCUGCAGUUACAUUUUUCACAUUGAAUACUAUUACACGAUGAGCAAAGCCUGUUAUGACUGCCCACACAUCCAAGCGGACUGUGAUAGAAUGUAUUGUGUCGCUGCUGACGGUGUGGAGCGGGGCGUCUUUGUUAUCAACCGUCAAAUGCCUGGCCCUUCCAUUCAGGUUUGUCAGGGCGAUACAAUUAUAGUUGACGUCAAAAACCACCUGGCUAGUGAAACUUGUAGUAUUCACUGGCAUGGCAUCCAUCAGGUGGGCACGCCCUACAUGGACGGAGUGCCUUUGGUAACUCAAUGCCCCAUAUCCCCUGCUUCAUCGUUUCGAUACACUUUCCUGGCUGAGAAUCCGGGAACGCAUUUUUACCAUUCGCAUUCAGGUUUCCAACGCGCUGACGGAGUCUUUGGUUCGUUGAUCGUUCGCCAGAGCAGACAAAAGGAUCCUCAUUCUUCUUUGUAUGAUUAUGACCUUCCGGAGCACGUCAUGCUGGUAUCUGAUUGGCUGGGUGAACUAGGCGUUGCUAAAUUCGUAGCGCAUCAUCACGACGAUGGCGAUAAUAAACCAUCCAGUAUGAUAAUCAAUGGAAAAGGUCGAAUUCCAAAACCAAGAAACGAGUUGACGUCGAACGAGACGAUGCCACUUUCCGUAUUCAAUGUUCAACAGGGAAAACGUUAUCGCUUCCGGCUGAUCAGCAAUGGAUUCCUGAACUGCCCAAUACAAUUGUCAGUUGACAAUCAUACGCUUUUAGUGAUCGCUAGCGAUGGAGGCUCCAUUCAGCCUAUCGAAGGUAUUGACUCGCUUAUAAUUGAUGCUGGUGAGAGAUACGAUUUUGUCGUGAAUGCAGAUCAACAACUUUCGUCUUAUUGGAUUCGAUUACAUGGGCAUAUGGAUUGUGGUUCCAAAAAAGUGUUCCAGGCAGCUAUACUUCGUUACAUUGGUGCGCCAGAAAUCGAACCAGAAGAAGUGUUGACAUUCGAAAAUACCGAACGAUUUGGCAAAGUACUGAAUCCCGUUAAUUUUGCACCUGGAGAUGAUCAGCACGUUACAGUAGCGGAAUUGAAGGCGUUGGCCGACAAUCUGACUGACUGGACAGGAGAGCCUGACAUGAAAUUCUAUUUAGCAUAUGACUUUUAUGCUGUCAACAACUGGCAUUUUCACGAUUCUCAGUACUACCCCAUAUUUGGCGUGGAAAAAAAUCAUCGGUUAUACACUCCACAAGUAAAUCACAUAAGUCUACGAUUUCCUUCAUCUCCGCCGCUUUCUCAAUACAACAGUUUACUGCCGGACGUGUUUUGCAACGAAUCGACAGUUUCCAAUUGCACCGAAGAAUUUUGCGAGUGCACCUACACGUUGGAUAUUCCUCUAGGAUCUCUGGUGGAACUAAUUGUCAUCGACGAAGGUGUCACGUUUGACGCUACACAUCCUUUCCAUCUUCACGGAUCAUCCUUUCGAGUAGUUGCAAUGGAACGUGUUGCCAGCAAUGUCAGUGUUGACCAGAUUCGUGACAUGGAUGAAAACGGCCAAAUCCGUCGGAAUUUGAUCGACGCUCCCGUCAAAGACACAGUGGCUGUGCCAGAUGGCGGCUAUACUAUUAUUCGCUUCGUGGCUACAAAUCCUGGGUAUUGGUUGUUCCAUUGCCAUUUGGAAUUCCACAUCGAAAUUGGAAUGGGAUUGAUUUUCAAAGUCGGCGAUCACGAAGAAUUGCCACCUAUUCCUGAAAAUUUCCCAACAUGUGGCAAUUGGCUUUUGUGAGCAAUAAUGCAACAGCAUUCUUAAUCAAAUAACCAAACUCUGAAUGCUUGUAUAGCCUAUACAGUCGUGUUACACCGUCUAGCUUUCCCGCA